UACAUGUAUUAUACUCAUUUAUUCACCACAUUAUCAUAAUGAAGUGUUGGGCGCUGCUCAUAUUGUUGGCAUAUUUUGCUGAUGCUAGUCCUGUCCACAAGGUCCGAGUUGAGCAUGUAUGGAUGAAUUGUACAAGACCACACGAGGUGUUCCUAUGUGGCAGCCCUUGCCAAACCGAGUGCGCAACUCUAGGACAACCCUGUCCAGUUAUGAACGUAAAGUGUAACAAUGAUUGUUUUUGUGUGAAAGGAUAUGCUAGAGAUCAACAUGGAAAUUGCGUCGACAUAAUUGCAGAUUGUCCUCCAAUACAUUGACAACUUUAACAUAUCAAUGAUGAUCGCCUUUCAAUGAACAUGUGUGUUUUAAUGACAUAAACAUCAUUGCAAUUAAAUAUUAUAUGAAACGAA